AUGUUGGAUCUGCACUCUGCAGGUGUUUUGCCUGGGAAGGCUGCAGUUAUGCAAAUAUGUGGGGAAAAUAAUCAUUGCUAUGUGAUGCAUAUUAUUCAUUCUGGAAUUCCUCAGAAUCUGCAAUCUCUCCUCGAGGAUCCUACAUCUGUGAAGGUUGGAGUGUCUGUUGCGAAUGAUGCUAACAAAGUUUUCCAUGAUCAUCAUGUAUCUAUAAAAGCUUUGGAAGAUCUGUCUAGUCUAGCCAAUCAAAAGCUUGCUGGUGAUCCCAAGAAGUGGAGUCUAGGAUCGCUAACUGAAAUGCUUGUCUGCAAAGAGAACCCCGUGUCCAUAUGUGCUACAGGUGGGCCUGAGGGACUUUGCAGUGCACCCUUGGUGCCUCGGCAGGAUGGGUUGUCAAGCACAGAUGCCACACCUACAUGUGACAGCGAGUCCAUGGGGUGA